AUGAGCAACAUCAAAUCCAAAGACCUCACCUACGACAAAACAGCCUCCCAACCAGCCUUUCUCCAACGCCUCCGCGAUCAAAACACCGCAAUCUCAGCCUCAGGUCGUCAAGAACAACCCGUCGCCCGCGCACAGCGAGCGAAAAAAGCUGGUGAUGACGAUGACGACGCGCCAAUGUAUGUCUUAGAAGGCAGCUCGGAAACUCUUACAAAAGCCGAGUAUGAGAGACUUACUGCUGGCGAUGGCGAUGGCGAUGGUGAGGGGGAAACUGAUCCAAAGGCAAAGUUUGGAGAUGUCAAGGAUAUGGUGACGGGAGAGUUGACGGGGGAGUGGCCAAAGGCUUCAGGAGCAUUGCCUGAUGAGGAUGAGGUUCCGGCGCGGACAUCUGCGGCUGUUGAUGCUGGUAAAGCGACAAAGAAGCGGAAGAUGGCUAAAGUCGUCGGUGGUGAUGGGAAUGAGGAGGCCGCAGCAACAAGCAAAGAUGAAAGCAAACCAAAGAAGAUCAAGAAAAAGGGUAAGCCGAUAAAGCUGUCCUUCGGCGAUGAGGAAUGA